AUACCGCUUCCCCCAGCUGGUACCAUUGCACCGGUCAAUUCCUGUCACUCUCCAAGUGCUGGACCUUUCCUUUCUCUGGUUCCCCGGUUGCUGCUAGCCUCCCUAGCCCGACAUGCUGUCCCUUCUGUCCCGGCUGUUGGACUGGUUCCGCUCGCUGUUUUGGAAAGAAGAGAUGGAGCUCACGCUGGUCGGGCUCCAGCACUCGGGAAAAACCACAUUCGUCAAUGUUAUAGCGUCAGGUCAGUUUAGCGAGGACAUGAUACCGACUGUUGGAUUCAACAUGCGCAAAGUGACAAAAGGCAACGUGACAAUAAAGAUCUGGGACAUUGGAGGCCAGCCUCGAUUCCGUAGCAUGUGGGAGCGCUAUUGCCGUGGUGUUAACGCAAUAGUAUACAUGGUGGACGCUGCAGACAGAGAAAAGAUUGAAGCUUCCCGUAACGAGCUGCAUAAUCUUCUGGACAAACCUCAGUUACAGGGAAUUCCGGUUUUAGUGCUUGGUAACAAGCGUGAUCUCCAUACUGCACUGGAUGAGAAGCAGCUCAUUGAAAAAAUGAACCUGUCUUUGAUCCAGGACAGAGAGAUCUGCUGCUAUUCCAUUUCCUGCAAAGAGAAGGAUAACAUAGAUAUAACGUUACAGUGGCUGAUCCAGCAUUCCAAGUCACGGCGCAGCUAAAGGGCUCUGUAGCAUUAAUCUGCUUCUCUGCACCCUGGGAUCGUGCCCUUGCCUCACUGCUCUGCACACUUGGAUGUGCCUUCCUGGUCCAGCUCUGCCUCCUGGGAUGAGCGCUUCCAGUGACUGAUUUUAACUCAUGAAUGUCCCUUUCCUGCUUGUGGAGGACUUCUCCCAGCCUGCUAGGUUACCCCCAUCCAUCAGCAGCUUGCUCUUUACCUUUCAUUUAGUAAUUGCUUCCAACGACAAGUCUCUUCUGUGCUGGUUCUUAGCCCUGCACCAUCCACUUCUCUCUCUAUGAGUCUCCUUUUGUUCAUUAAGUAACUAAUAGUAAUUUUAAGUGGUAUCCUUCCUUGGGCCAAUCCUUUCCCAACCUUCUCUCCACCUUGGAAUAAUUAUGCUGACACUUACUUACUGUUUCCUCUCUGUUCUUCAUUCUGAAGUAAGUACUUUUUACCAUGUUUGGGAUUUAAAUUUCCAUCCUUUCUUGUCAUCUUGGUUAUACACCAACAUCCCAGCUUUCCCUCUAUUAUGAUAUUCUUUCCUUCCCUCUCAAUUUUAAUGGAUAAUUCUGGAAUUUUAUACACGUUCCUGUGUUCAUCCCUAAUUGGGCAUUUUUCUCCCUACUUCCCACACUGGCACACACCCUUUGCUCCACUCUAGGAUAUUCCAUUCACUUUCUGCAUGGAGAUUAUGCAGUGCUAGCGUCAAUUUGGGUAAUGGCCCUUGCUGAGAACAGUGGAAGGCCAGCCUCUUCCUGCACUUCAGAGGCCAAUACUUCACUCAUGCGUGUAGGAAGUAGCCCUCCUUGGUGUUAAUGCAGAACAAUAUUCAAUGUGCACAUUUAUUACUAAACUUUGGCAAAACAAUAAAACUACACAGAAAGAACUUUGAGAAGAACAGAGAGGUAAACGUAAAGCAGCAGAAGAGCUGUAAGUAAAUGUGCCCAGGGACAUGAGACUGUUACUAACCCUCUGUGGGAGUAGCCAAUGCUGCAUUUACCAAAUGGUAUAUGGGAGUUCUGCAUGGGUUCAUCCUUAUGUGCAAUGUAGGCAAAUCAAAGCCUAUGUCACUUUUUGAGCUCUUAGUCAUUUGUUGGACAUGUAAAAAGUAUGACCAACAGUAUAUGGGUCAAUUUCCCACCUCACUUGGACUUGCAUUGCAGACAUCUCUUAUGGAGCAGUGCUAAGCAAUGUCAUGUGUGGUGUGCAGGGCAGUGUCUUCCAUGCAGAGCAAUGUAUAUCCCUCAGUAUGCAGAGGUAUUAGCGGUAGCAAGAAAGCAUUCACACUGCAAAAAUUCCCCCCUUUCUUCAGUCUGGUGCACAGCUACAAAUGCAUCACUUGCACUGGUGGAGCUCCGUCCCGCUCCGUCUUCCAUUGCUGAGCCCACUGUGACCUGCACAGGUGCCCGGCCCCUUCAUCCCAAAAGGUAGAUAUGUUUGUGACACUGUAGUUUCUGCUGCAAUGAAAAGGUUGCUUUAACUCAUGGUACACUGCUGCUAUUUAUAAUUUGUUUGGUGUUUUUUUGCUUGUGCCUAAAAUAUGAGGAAAUCAACAUAAAUAGAUUGUUUGCUCACUCUGCUUGCUUGGAACCCAUCAACUACAAAGUGUUGUUUUUUUUUUUUAUUAUUUGUUACAAAAUACCUUAGUGUUUCUCACGUGGUGCCUUAUGUUUCAGCAUCACUUAGUAAAGGGGUGUGGAACCUGCAGCCCUCCAGUUGUUGGUGAAAUAUAGCCCCUGAAGGGUUACAAGUUAUAUAUCCUCCUGACUCUAACUGCCAUGGUGAUUACUAAUGCUUUUUUUUUGUGCAUGAGGGAUGUUCAUCAAAGCUGUGGUGAAACCCAAGGCUUCUAUCCGCUGUUGGGCUGAAUUCAUCUCCCAAAAUCUGGCAGCCAUAUUGUUAAACCUAGGAUUGCCUUGGAGGCUCCAUACCUGCUACCGUGGAUGUAACUGCAUGCUUAAUACUGACGGCCACUUGAAAAAUGAUGAUUGUAAAAUUGCAAAAGUGCUCAAAAUAGUGUUCUCAUCAAUUUUACAUGCACUUAAUUUAAAGGUUUACUUUUCCUAUAAAUAUAUUAGAAAGAGGCUAAUAGUAAAGGUAUCCAUAUUUUCAGGUCUUGUCUGUAAAGCAGAAAAGUGUUGCAAAAGAAGUUAUUAUGGCUCAUAUAGGGGCAAUAAGGCUUGACAGUAUCUUUUGUCACGGCCAUGCUUAGGUGCACACAUCUAUCUAUCUAUCCAUCCAUCCACCUAUCUAUCAUCCAUCUAUCCACCUAUAUAUCUAUUAUCUAUCUAUCUGUCAUUAACCACAUUGCAGUUUGUAAAAUAUGAGCAUAUUUAGUAACAGUACCAGCACCUAGCACUAUCUAUAGGUUCAUGCAAAGAGUAUUACAUUCUGUUAUGCAGCAUUUAUUUGUUGUGCUGCUGAAUCAAUUCUUCCUCCUAUUCAGUUUAUUUCAAAUUUAAUAUUCAGUUUAUUUCAAAUUUAACUCAGACCUGGGUGAGGCUGUGAGUCUGCAUCCAUUGUAUUGUCUGGAAAGCAGAAAAGUGUUGCGAAAUAAAUUAUUAGGGCUCAUAUGGGGGCAAUGAGGCUUGACAGUAUCUUUUGUUGCAGCCAUGGUUAGGUGCACACAUCUACCGACCCAUCCAUCCAUCAUCUAUCUAUCCACCUAUAAAUAUUAGAGAGAGUAAUAUACAUGCAUGUUUUCUAUAUCAAAUUGAUCAAAACAGUAAAUAUUUUAAAUGGCGUUGGGGGAAAAAAAAUAAAAUUAUAUAUAUAUAUAUAUAUAUAUAUAUAUAUAUAUAUAUAUAUAUAUAUAUAUAUACAUACACCAUAAGAACAAGACAAUACCUGGGUGCUCAUGCAGAAGACGUAAAUACUUAGGGUAGGAUUGACAGCACACACAGGACGUGUGUUCUGUGUGUGCUGUCAAUCCUACCCUGAGUGUGUAUAUAUACAUACACACACACAUAUAUCCUCCACCCAUAUUGUCCAGUAACAAUAAGCAAACAGUGGCUUUCCAGCUGCCUAUGAUGUUUAACCUGCCAGAUGGUGGGAGUUGGAAUUCAGCAGCUGAACAGUCCCAGAAUACCUAGCUGUGUACCAGAGCGUGCAAUGUUUGUGAGUUUUAUAUGCUAUUUUAACUGUACAGACUUUUUUUUUUUUUUUUGGUUCCUAAAUUGGAAAGCUUAUUGUAUUUUAUUUAUGGAAAUAAUGUUGAUGAGAAAUCCAUUUUUAGCCUGGAGUCUGCACACUAAUGAGUUGUAGAUGAUAUGUUUAAAAUAAACUGUGAUUCAUGAAA